AAACCAAAAAACGUUCACAUACUCAUUCCUCUUCGAGCUUCACAUCUCUGACCCGGUCCUGAGAGCAGACCACAGACCGAGCGGAACCACCGGAAACAUGAGGAACGAACAGAAGCAGAGUCCUCCCUCUGAUCGAGGUCAGGCUGUUUCCAUCAUCAUCUUCAUUCUGGGUCUGGAAACUCUUCUACCCUGGAACUUCUUCAUCACAGCAUCAGAGUAUUUCAAUGGACGCCUCAACAACAACAGCAGCAGCAGCAGAAACGCAACGACGAUGGACGCGUCAAAAGAUUAUAACUACGAUAGCUGGAUGGCUCUGCUCUCCCAGCUGCCCCUGCUGCUCUUCACUCUGCUGAACUCUUUCCUGUACCAGUGGGUGAAGGAGCAUGUGCGCGUGGCCUUCAGCAUGGUCGCCAUCUUCAUCUUCUUCUCGCUCACCGCCGCUCUGGUCCAGGCAGACAUGCAGCCGGACACCUUUUUCUCCGUCACCAUGGCGACCAUCUGGUUCAUCAACAUGUUUGGAGCUGUUCUGCAGAGCAGUUUGUUUGGCGUCGUCAGCCAGUUCCCUCCACGCUACAACACUCUGUUCAUGAGCGGUCAGGGUCUGGCGGGGAUCUUUGCCGGAAUCGCCAUGCUCUGCUCCAUCUUCAGUAAUCCAGAUAGAAAAUCGGCAGCACUGGGAUACUUCAUCACACCCUGUUUGGCCACGCUGCUGUCUUUGCUGUGUUACAUGCUGCUCCCACGCCUGGAAUUUGCACGUUUUUAUCUGAAUAGAAGUCAAUCCAAUGAAGUGGAGGCAUCGCAGGAGCUCAUCAGCUCAGACCAAAAAGUACAGAGCUCUGAGAAGAAAGACUUGGAGGCCAACGGGAAGAUCAUGAGUCAUGGAGCAGAGAGUCAGCAGCGUUCUUCUGUCUUUGCUGUCUUCAAAAAGAUCUGGGUGAUGGCUCUGUGUGUGACUUGGAUCUUUGCCGUCACCCUCGCCGUGUUUCCAGUCAUCACGGUCCGCGUUCAGACGGUCUACGUGGGCUCUAAAUGGGCCGACGUGUUCACCUGUGUUUGCUGCUUCAUUGUUUUUUACGUCAUGGAUCUUCUGGGUCGUGUUGCUCCAUCUUUCAUGCAGUGGCCAUCAAAGGAAAGCCCCCUGUUUCCCGUCGUCGUCUUCCUCCGUGUGAUCUUCAUCCCUCUGAUCAUGAUGUGCAACAUCAAGGACUCCAAGUGGACUGUCUUCUUCAAGCAUGAUUCUUUCUUUGUGGUCAUCAUGGCUUUGUUCUCCUUCACCAACGGGUACUUGGCGUGCCUCUGCAUGUCCUACGCUCCACAGUUUGUGAGGUGUAAGGACUGCGAGACGGCCGGCUCCCUGAUGACCUUCUUCCUUGCGUUGGGGCUGGCUUUGGGAGCGGGCUUCUCAUUCCUGCUUGGUAAAUUGGUUUAGUUAGACUCAGAAAUAGUCAAAAUCAAAACCACGUCUGAAUUUUUAUUUUUUUCAUUUCAUUGCAUUCAAAUGUACAUUUUUGAAAAAGGGUUUUUUCAGGUUUAUUAGUGUGAAGCACUUGUGUUUUGAGUUUAUUAUUUACUUUUUCUGUACAUAAUUGUUCAUUUUUUGCAAGUCAACUUGAGUUUUGCUCUUUGUGUGAGUUUUUUUAACAGUAGUGUCACGAUUAAAUAUUAGAUGUAGUUUAUUUCUUGUCAUUUUCAGAAAACAGACAAGUACAUCAAAUGUAUGUUUAAAAUUUAUUUCUUGACACCUACAAUUAUUUUCAGUGUUUUUGUGUUUUACUUGAACAUUUUCUAUGAUUUAAAUCACUUUUGAUCAAAUUUUCUAAAUGGUGUUAAGAUUGUUGUUCUUCUAAAUCCAUAGCUCUGCCUCUUGUGCAUAGAAUCAUUAAAAAAAGCAGAAAUUUUUCCUCAUAAAAACAAAUGUAACUGGAAAACCGCUGAGAAAAAUAUGUGGCAUUACUGCAAACUAUUCUGAUGCCCUUAAAAUGUAUUUAUAAUAUUCUGAAGGACAUGGGCUUUAAAAGCUUUUGGAUCAUUUGAAUGUUUUUUUUCUGUGGAAACCUCACAGACAUUUUGUUCUUGCUACUUAAAAACGUUUAAAUUCGCUUGAUGGAGGCGAAAACACAAAGUGAAGCCUGAUGUUUAAAAAAGUAUUUAAAAUUGAUGUAAAAAUUCACUAUUGUUGCCACUAUUAUCUUCACAAACACCAUUAUUUUCAAUCUCACUGUGAUUUUCCUAUCAUUGUAUAUAUAUAUAUAUUUUAUCAGUUUUUUGUGUUAUUAUAAAGCCAAACAUCAAUUUCAACGGCAGCUCAAACUUUGGAUUGAUAGGAAAGGGUUUAAAGUGUUUGUAAUGAUCAAAUCUUUAACCUCACAUGUUUAUUUUUAAAUUUUGUCACUGUUUCAAAAAGGGAAAUAUGAAUGAAUUCAUGUCAAUUUGUUUCAACUGAGCACAACUUUAUUUUCUUAUUUAUUUUUUUUAUUAUGAAAGUUUGUCUUUUUGUACUAUCCUUUUUUUAAUAAAUAAAAAAUGGAUUUUGUUA